UCUGAGGACAGGGAGCCUGCUGCGCACAGGAGCCGUGUAGGCAGGACGGCGGCCCCAUGGACCUGCCCCCGCAGCUGUCUUUCGCCCUCUACGUGGCCGCCUUCGCGCUGGGCUUCCCGCUCAACUUACUGGCCAUCCGAGGGGCCACGGCCCACGCCCGGCUCCGGCUCACCCCCAGCCUGGUCUACGCCCUGCACCUGGGCUGCUCCGACCUUCUGCUGACGGUCUCCCUGCCCCUGAAGGCGGUGGAGGCGCUGGCCUCAGGGGCCUGGCCUCUGCCGGCCGCGCUGUGCCCGGUCUUCGCGGUGGCCCACUUCGCUCCGCUCUACGCCAGCGGCGGCUUCCUGGCCGCCCUGAGCGCCGGCCGCUACCUGGGAGCCGCCUUCCCCCUGGGCUACCAAGCUUUCCGGAGGCCGUGCUACUCCUGGGGGGUGUGCGCGGCCAUCUGGGCCCUCGUCCUGUGCCACCUGGGCCUGGUCCUUGGGUUGGAGGCUCCGGGAGGCUGGCUGGACAGCAGCAACACCUCGCUGGGCAUCAACACCCCGGUCAACGGCUCUCCCGUGUGCCUGGAGGCCUGGGACCCGGCCUCCGCCGCCCCGGCCCGCCUCAGCCUCUCUCUCCUGCUCUUUUUCCUGCCCUUGGCCAUCACAGCCUUCUGCUAUGUGGGCUGCCUCCGGGCACUGGCCCGCUCCGGCCUGACACACAGGCGGAAGCUGAGGGCCGCGUGGGUGGCCGGAGGGGCGCUGCUCACCCUGCUGCUCUGCGUGGGACCCUACAACGCCUCCAACGUGGCCAGCUUCCUGAACCCCGACAUGGGAGGCCCCUGGAGGAAGCUGGGGCUGAUCACGGGCGCCUGGAGUGUGGUGCUCAACCCGCUGGUGACCGGUUACUUGGGAAGGGGUCCUGGCCUGAAGACAGGGUGUGCGCCAAGAACGCAAGGGGGCACGUCCCAGAAGUAGUGGCCACCGCUAGGGGGAAGGAGCAUGGGGCAGGAGGGCCCGGCUGCUUCUCCUGGCCCCUGCGGGGGGCUGCUGCGGAGGAACUGCAGGGCAGCCUGGACCAGAGGCCUCCCUGGAGCCACUCAAGCCGAGAGCUGCACCUGCCGAGGGCUGCACCCGGGUCAGGAGAGGAGCAUGGAGCCAGAACAAGGUGGCAGGGGGAGGUAAGCUUGCCCCUGCACACGUGGCUUGCCCCUUCCUCACCUGUCUCUCCCCUCUGCGUGUCCUCACCUGCCUGUCUUCAGUGAGCCGCGGGCAAAGGCUGUGUACUUGUUGGAAGGAGGAGGAGGAGGUCUGUUUCUGACCCACGGGAACUGCCACUCUGGUGAUGCACUUUAGGAGCCGCUACUCUGAAAUCAGUUUCCAGGAGAGAAUAUUUGAUGUCCCAGUAGGAGAGGGGGCAGGAGGCAGGAUAAUGACACUGUUAUGCCACGUGAAACUCGCAAGGGGGCAGCCUUGGAGCUGGGAACGGAGGCUGGCAGGAAAAUAUGCUUCAGCGGGGAAGGGCAAAGGCAAGACCCUGCAGUGAUCGGCAAAGGCCAUGCAGUUGACCCUUGAACCACGUGGGGAUGGGGUGCCAAAACCCUAUGCAGUGCAAAAUCUGUGCAUGACUUUGACUCCCCCAAAACUCAACUACUAAUAGUCUACUGUUGACUGAAAGCUUUACUCAGUAUAUAAACAAUUGAGUAAGACAUAUUUGAGGCCAGGCACAGUAAUCCCAGUACUUUGGGAGGCUGAGGUGGGGAAAACUGCUUGCAUCCAGGAGUUCAAGACCAGCCUGGGCAGCAGAGUGAAACCCCACCUCUACAAAUAAUAAAAAUAAAAGAAAUCUAGCUGGGUGUGGUGGUAUGUGCCUGUGGUCCCAGCUACUCAGGAGGCUGAAGUGGGAGGAUCGCUUGAGCCCAGGAUCGAGGCUGCAAUGAGCCAUGAUCGCACCACUGCACUCCAGCCUGUGUGACAGACCAAGACCUUGUCUCUGGAAAAAAAAAAAAAGACAUAUUUUGUAUGUUAUAUGUAUUACAUGCUGUAUUCUUACAACAAAGUAAGCUAAAGAAAAGUACAUGUUAUGAAGAACAUCAUUAGAAAGAGAAAUGCCUUCACAACACUGUGCUGUAUUUAUCAGUACCAUAAGUUUAUGUCGUCUGUUUAUAAGAGAAAUUUCCUGUCUGAAUCAGCAGUAAUUACAGCUGCAGGUUUCAAUCUAUGGUAGAUAUCAAGCGGUUCAACUCUUUCUUGUAAUGUCAUGACUUUUCUUUGCUUCUUGGAAGGAGCUCUGUCAUCACUAGUGGCGGCGCAUAGGGGCCCACGGGGUCAUUCAAAGUUUGCAGUAUUGCACUAAACACAGUGAAA